UGUAGUCAUUGCCUCUAUCCUGUCUCCUUGCGUAUUCCGCUCGCUUUCCGGGGAAUAGGAAUUUCUCCUUUAGAAUGAUGAGACGACCUAUCCCCAACCUCCGCGCUCGACAAACGUGGAUCUGCACGCAAUGCCGCGCUGGUUACUCCUCCGUCGCCGCACCCGGCUCCAAGCUCCGCAUGGGCAAUCACAACAGGAAGACCAAUCUGCCCGACGGCCCUGCUAGAACUCGUUUUGCGCCUUCGCCCACCGGCUAUCUCCAUCUGGGAUCCCUUCGGACCGCACUGUUUAAUUACUUGUUGGCGAAACGUACCGGCGGCCAGUUCCUGCUCCGCAUUGAAGAUACCGACCAGAAACGCACGAUUCCGGGAGCCGAACAGAGGCUGUAUGAUGACCUUCGCUGGGCUGGGUUACAAUGGGACGAAGGUCCGAUCGUGGGGGGUCCGUAUGGCCCUUAUAGGCAGUCUGAACGCACAGAGACCUAUCGCAAGCACACCCACGAACUCAUCGACAACGGCCACGCGUAUCGCUGCUUCUGUUCCGCAGAGCGACUGGACGCACACGCGAGACACCGCAGCGAAGCUGGACUUGCGCCCGGUUACGAUCGCAGAUGCGCCGAGAUUUCCGCCGCAGAAUCUGCAGAGAGGGCACACAAGGGCGAGGCGCAUGUUGUUCGGUUGAAGGUGGAAGGAUAUCCCAUGUUUUAUGACAUUGUCUACGGCAAGACGGGCCAGAACCGGCCGAACACCAAGCUGGAUCUCAUUGAGCGCGUCUAUGACGAUCCAAUUCUGCUCAAGUCGGAUGGGCAUCCGACAUAUCACCUGGCAAACGUGGUGGAUGAUCAUCUCAUGGAAAUCACGCAUGUCAUCCGUGGCACGGAAUGGAUGGCCUCUACCCCGCUGCACGUCGCGCUCUACAACGCCUUCAAGUGGACACCGCCUCAAUUCGGACAUGUGCCUCUCCUCGUCGACAAAUCCGGGCAGAAGCUCAGCAAGCGCAACGCCGAUAUCGACCUCACUUUCUUCAAAGACACACAGAGCAUCUUCGCUGCGACGCUGGUGAACUUUGCCGCCCUUCUCGGCUGGUCACACACCCAGAAGUCAGACGUUUUCAACCUCGAGGAACUGGAACAACUCUUCAACCUCAAAAUCACCCGCGGCAACACCGUCGUCGCCUUCGAGAAGCUAUGGUUCCUCCAGAAAGCGCACGCGCAGCGCUUCGCCUCUGCUCCAGAAAGUCCCGAACUCCAGGACAUGGUGCACAAACUCACCACCACCGUCGAAGCCACCUACUCCAAGGAGCAACUCGCCCAAAUCCUCAACACCCGCACCCUCCCAUCCUACAUCACCCCGCUCCUCCAAGCCGACGCCAAGUCCUACACCACACCAGAGGACUUCCUCUCUCGGAACCAGACCUUCUUUCAAACAGCCGCAACCCUGACCCGCCCCGCAUACACGCCCGCCUCUUCCCCUCCCUCCUCCCCAUCCGCUACGAACCCACCGACCACCACCGCAGCCGUCCCGCUCUCCAGCCUCCACACCGCCGCCACAGCCCUCACCCUCGUGCCCCCAAGCCACUGGACGCUAGACACCCACCGCGCCAACAUCGCCGCUUACGACGGCGCCUCCGCUGUCCUUGAAUCUCCCUCAGCCUCAGCCUCAGCUGGAGGACGACCAUUGGAGCAGGAGGGGCAGCAAUCACCCGCAGAGCUCGAAGCCGCUCGCAAGGCGGCCGAUAAGCUCUUCAAGAAGGAACUUUACCAUUACCUGCGCUGGGCGCUGUCGGGCGGGGCCCCCGGGCCCGGGAUCCCGGAGACGAUGGUCAUUCUGGGCCGGGAGCAGACGGUGCGCCGGUUGCAGGAUGCCAAGGCGUUGACGCUGGAGAUGGUGCCUAACCGGGGCGUGAAGCGGUAUAAGGGCCCGCAGGAGAGUGCGGCAGCUGCAGAGAAGUCGAAAGAUAUUUCGUGGAUGGGGUCGCUUGCGCCGAAGAGGGCUUGAGAUGGGGCUGGCUGCUUUCGCUGCUUUCGCUGCUUUGGCUGCUUUUGAGUAAAAAAAAAGGGGGAAUCGUGUACGAUAGACAUGUCUCUGGUGU